AUGAACUUUCUCGAGUUGGUAAAUUUGGUGCGCGAUGGCUAUCGAGAGGCCUCGCUGCCGUACAAAGAAACGAGGGAAGAAUCGCUGGUGAAGCUUCCGGUCUUCACGCACUUCGUCGACCUCCUGCCCUUCUAUCCCGACCUCGGGCAAGAUGGACACGACAUCUUCGCAUCCCUCGCUGCCGGCCCGGCGCCCACCUCCGCAAGUGACAACGUCGUGCUCGAGUUGGGCUGCGGUUGUGGGGAACCGGUGGCGGGCUACAUCUGCGCGCGGCUGCACGGUACGUCGACGUCGUACCUGGGCAUUGAUCUCUGCGAGACACAGGUCCAACUGGCCAAGAAGCAGUAUCCGUCGUACGCCGAGCAGUUCCGUGUCGGCGAGAUGUUGGAGUUCACCAGAUGCCAGAAGGACAACUCGUUUUGCGGCGUACUGUCGCUGUUCACAGUGUUCCAUCUGCCUCGAGCAACGCACAUCGAGCUCUUCAUGAACAUCAAACGAAUCAUGAAGAGCGGUGCACCGCUGCUCAUCUCAGUGCCCGAAGAGGCAGGCGAGGGCACCUCGAACAACUGGCUGGGAGGCUCGACCAUGUAUUGGAGUCACUUUUCAGUGGAGUGGUAUGAACUGACGCUCAAGCAGCUCGGCUUCGAGCUGAUCAUCAAAUACAAGGACGUGCGCGAAUUCCUUGGAGAAGAGGAGGUGAUGUACUACCUCUUGUUCAAGGUCAAAAAGGACAAGGGCGGCGAGCGCUCCGGGUCAGACGCCAACAAGCUGACGUUAUGA